UGGACACACAAAAAAUUGAACAUAAAAACUUAACACAAAUAUAAAUAACAGAAGUUGAUUAUUAAAAGCACUCUAUUUGAGCAUCAGAAACAGAAAGUCCUAAGCAUUGUGAAAUUUUGGAGCAAGCCUCAGAAGAGACCGAGAAAAACCAACCGCGUUGUCCUGCUCCUUCUCUUGUCCCUCACGUAGUGCCGGCGAAAUUCGAAAAAGAUAACAAUGGCAGGAGAAAAAUCGACGCCCCUGCUGAAAGAUGAGCUUGAUAUAGUGAUACCCACCAUCAGAAACCUCGAUUUCCUCGAGAUGUGGCGGCCCUUCUUCGAGCAGUACCAUCUAAUCAUAGUCCAGGAUGGUGACCCUUCAAAAACCAUCAAAGUUCCUGAGGGUUUUGAUUACGAGCUCUAUAAUCGCAAUGAUAUUAACAGAAUUCUUGGCCCGAAAGCCUCCUGCAUCUCCUUUAAGGACUCUGCCUGCAGGUGCUUUGGGUACAUGGUCUCAAAGAAGAAGUAUAUUUACACCAUUGAUGACGAUUGCUUUGUGGCCAAGGACCCAUCCGGAAAAGACAUAAAUGCCCUCGAACAGCACAUAAAGAACCUCUUGUCUCCAUCCACUCCCCAUUUCUUCAACACUCUAUAUGAUCCUUAUAGGGAAGGUGCCGAUUUUGUUCGCGGUUAUCCUUUUAGUCUACGUGAGGGUGUACCAACUGCAGUCUCUCAUGGUCUCUGGCUCAACAUUCCCGAUUAUGAUGCGCCAACUCAGCUUGUCAAGCCCCUUUUGACGAUUCCCAAGGGAACUAUCUUCCCGAUGUGUGGUAUGAAUUUGGGCUUCAAUCGGGAUUUGAUUGGGCCCGCUAUGUACUUCGGGCUCAUGGGCGAUGGUCAGCCAAUCGGGCGAUAUGACGACAUGUGGGCUGGCUGGUGCACCAAGGUGAUAUGUGACCAUUUGAACCUGGGAGUGAAGACAGGUUUGCCCUACAUAUGGCACAGCAAAGCCAGCAACCCGUUUGUGAACCUUAAAAAGGAGUACAAAGGGAUCUACUGGCAAGAAGAUAUUAUCCCGUUUUUCCAAUCAGUUACUUUUCCGAAAGAAUGCACAACAGUCCAGCACUGCUACAUUGAGCUGGCCAAGCAAGUCAAGGACAAACUUUCGGCCAUUGAUCCUUACUUCACAAAGCUGGCGGAGGCCAUGGUGACGUGGAUUGAGGCUUGGGACGAGCUCAACCCUUCUGGGGAUGCGCCAGCUAAGCUCCCCAAUAGCAACAGGAAAUAGAUUUCCAUCUUAUUUUUGUAAUCAUUAUUAUGCUAUGAGCAAGUUGGAUUAAGGAUUAUUUCAAAGAGUUGCUUUACUAUUGCUUAUGUCGUAGCAUUAUUUAUGCAGUAAUUAAACUCAGUUUCUGGUUGAAGUAAUUACCCUUUUGAAGAGUUGGAAGUCUUUUGCCUUGUCAUACUCGUGUGAAUUUAUCCAUUAGACUCAAAUAUUUCUAUUAAAA